CAGCUUGGUGUGUUGGCUGCUCUGGACUCCUUUCGAGGGGUUAGGCUGAUUUCUCUUCGGUUAAGUGGUGAUCGAGAGUUGAAUCUCUUCGGCGCCACCGCACCAUCUCUAACCAUACGAGCAUGUGGAAUUGUGUGGGGUUCUAGGUUGAUCAAUGGAUUUGGCAGAUGCAAAGGGUUUGGAAAAAUGAAGAUAGUUAUAAUCAUUUUGGUUAGAUGUAAUUGUUGGACUGCUGAGUUUGUUUUCACAAUAUUCUUACUAAGUUCAUGUUCUCUUACUUUCAUCAGGUUACUCCAUUUGUCUCCCUUUCUUUUCUGUUCAGACCUGAUGCACUUAGAUGCUGGAUCAUAGCUUGAGGUCAGGUCAGGAGUUCUACUUGGAUUUGGAAGAGCUUUGAGGGUGUUCCAACAGAUUUCCUAUUAGAUUUGGAAUGAGCCACCAACAAAAUUUGUCAAUUAGUGGCUUCUUCAUAAGAAAAACAGUUAAUGUAGUGAACCAUGCAUUGCAUAUAUUUAUCAUGUGUACACAUUCGC